AUGAGUGGCCCAAAUCCAAUAAAGAAAUCAAAAGCCGCUCCAAUCUUUAGGAUUCCUGCUACGCCCGCCGCCAAUAUAAAUCCUAUCCCCUCAUCGUCACCCGCGUUUGCAACUCCAGUACAUCCCAUACGACCAUUCAAUGCUGCCGCAAUUCCUAUACAAAAAGCGAGCAUUCUACCAAUUCUCCUGCCACCUGCGAUAUUAAGACCUUUGGCUUUUCGGACUUUCACAAAGAAACAUAGUUUGACUUUGACGUCGUCGGCUUUACAAGGGUUGGCGAGUUUUAUUGGGAAGCAUUGUGGGACAGGAUGGAGGGAAGAAGGAUUGGCGGAGAGAGUUUUGGAGGAGAUUGCGAAGAGUUGGAAGAAUCGGAGUGGUGGUGUUAUUGUGGAUGGAGAUAGCACAGAAUUGAAGGAGAUUUUGAAGGCGUUGGAAGGAAAUAUGAGUGGCGGAAGGAUAGUUGUAGGAAGGGAAUUGAGUCGGCAGAAUAGUCUGGUAUUGGGGUCAUCACAGUAUGGGGAGGUCAGUCAUACCAGGCUUGGAUUACGGCCGGGAAAGGUACCAAGAGAGGAUAGUCAAUCGAGUCUGGGAAUGUCUAUGUUAGAGGUGGAUGACGAGGAAGAUGAAGGUGGACUAAGGGAUCCGAGGAAGUGGUUAAAAGUCAUUGAUGCUUUUGAACAACCUCGACUGGUUUAUAACGUUGCUAAGAAGCAUUUUGAUAGAGAUACUUCCAAGCCCUCAUUAUUCCCGCCUGCCUCCCAUAAGACCCUCCUCUUCCAAAACCGCUAUAACGUUAUCCAUCAACGUCUCCUCCGUAAUGAUUCCUUUCAAACACCCGCUUUUCAAGGUGGCAAAGCUUCCCUUCAACGCAGCACCUCCAUCUCCACCACUUCACAACAAUCCUACAAAUUAACACCAAUAGCCAAUCUCCUCGGCCGCAACCGCAGUACCCACAUGCUCCUCGGCCUCCUCAGUAUUUCCCCAACUGGUACUCUUGCCAUCAAUGACCUAACGGGCAGUAUCGCUCUCGAUCUCACACACGCCAAAGCCAUCCCCGAAGACGGCGCCUGGUUCGCCCCUGGAAUGAUGGUUCUCGUCGACGGUACAUACGAAGAAGAUGAAACCGGAACAUCGUCUCGCCUUGGUGGAAAUGGAGGCGUGGGCGGUACGAUUUCCGGUAAAUUUAUCGGAUUUUUCAUUGGUCAUCCUCCUUUAGAACGUCGUCAUGUCACUCUCGGCACAGCUGGUGAAGGAGAUACAACAGCCGGUGGUGGUUUUGGCUGGGUAGACUUUCUAGGUGUAGGUAGUUCCCGAGCCCUAGGUACCAAAAUGCAACGACUCGAACAAAAGCUCCUUCGGCCUCCCCCCUCCUCUCCAGAUACAGACGAUUCCCCUCUCCCAUCUCGAGGUCGUGUAGUCAUUCUCGGCGAGGUCCACCUUGAUAUCCCCCAAACUCUCGAAGCCCUCAAAAAGAUCCUCUCACUCUAUUCAUCUGAACCAGAAGGUUGCACACCCAUGACAUUCAUCCUACUCGGAUCCUUUGUCUCCCACGCCGUACUCGCCCGCGGCGGAUCAGGAGGCUCUAUAGAAUACAAAGAAUAUUUUGACUCCCUCGCCGCCAUUCUCUCAGAAUACCCUACCCUCCUAAGUACCGCAACAUUUAUCUUCAUCCCCGGCCCCAACGACGCAUGGGUCUCCGCCUUCUCAUCCGGAUCCUCUGUCCCUCUUCCCAGAAAGCCUGUACCAGAAAUGUUCACCUCGCGCAUCAAACGCGCAUUCGCAAACGCUAAUACCGAAAUGGAGAAAGAAAAGGGGAAGAAAGGUGACGGGGAAGCCAUAUGGACAAGUAAUCCAGCGAGAGUUAGUUUAUUCGGUAUGAGUUGCGAACUAGUCGUAUUCAGAGACGACGUUAGUGGGCGUCUGCGCCGCACCUCCGUCACGCUCAACUCAUCCAAAAAGCCCACUCCCGAAAACGAAAACCAAGACGAAGACGAAGACGUAGACAUGUCGCCUCCUCCCUCCUCCAUCCCCUCAUCCACCCCUCCUCCAGACAUGGACCCCGACAUUCAUACCGCACGCCGACUUACCAAAACCUUACUCGAUCAAGGACAUCUCUCACCCUUUCCCCUCAACGUCGCACCUCAACAUUGGGAUUUUUCAAAUGCGCUCAGUAUUUAUCCAUUGCCUACCGCGAUCAUCCUGUGUGAUGUAGAUAGUCCGCCGUUUUGUUUGACGUAUGAAGGGUGUCAUGUUAUGAAUCCAGGAGGUGUGGUGGCGAGGGGAAGAAGGGGCGUGGCGAGGUGGGCGGAGUAUGAUGUUUGGGGGAGGAUGGGGAAGGUGAGGGAGGUGAACUUUCAGGGUUAG